CACCUCCAGAGAGCCCGGUGCCGAGUUACGCUUCCUCGACUCCACUUCAUGUUCCAGUGCCUCGAGCGCUUAGGAUGGAGGAAGACUCGAUCCGCCUGCCAGCGCACCUGCGCACAUGCUGUUAGACGCAUUUGCAUAUGUGAUGCUGAAAAAUGCUAAGUUGAUUCUCCAAUGAUCCAUGCAUAAACUUGAGGUGGUCUGUAAAAGUUGAAAUCGAAGACAGAUAUUUCUGAGCCUGUGCCUAUGCAUUUCAAAAGAGGGUUAAUUGCUCCCCUGAACUCUCAAAGGGAUCCUUUGCUUCUGAAAGUUGAGAGCCUGUGCCCUGAUGAUAAGUUUCGAACAGUUGACAAGAACCCUGCUCCAGCUUCUGACCCUCCAGUGAGCAGCAGAAAGUAGUUCAGACUCCUGAGAUACAUGGCAAGGCUUGCAGCCAAUCUACUGGAGCAGGGAUGACGUAGCCCAGUGGCUCAAGUGGGCUGAAAAUGAGUUUUCUUUAAGGCCAAUUGACAGCAACACAUUCGAAAUGAAUGGUAAAGCGCUCCUGCUGCUGACCAAAGAGGACUUCCGCUAUCGAUCUCCUCAUUCAGGUGAUGUUCUCUAUGAACUCCUUCAGCAUAUCCUGAAGCAGAGGAAACCUCGGAUUCUUUUCUCACCAUUCUUCCACCCUGGAAACUCUAUCCACACUCAGCCGGAGGUCCUACUGCAUCAGAACCAUGAAGAAGAUAACUGUGUCCAGAGGACCCCCAGGCCAUCCGUGGAGAGUGUGCACCACAACCCUCCCACCAUUGAACUCUUGCACCGCCCUAGGUCACCCAUCACGACAAACCACCGGCCUUCUCCUGACCCCGAACAGCGGCCCCUCCGAUCCCCCCUGGACAACAUGAUCCGCCGCCUCUCCCCUGCCGAGAGGGCCCAGGGACCGAGGCUCCACCAGGAGAACAACCACCAGGAGUCCUAUCCCUUGUCAGUGUCUCCCAUGGAGAAUAAUCACUGCCCGCCGUCCUCCGAGUCCCACCCAAAGCCCUCCAGCCCCCGGCAGGAGAGCACCCGAGUGAUCCAGCUGAUGCCCAGUCCCAUUAUGCACCCUUUGAUCCUAAACCCUCGGCACUCCGUGGAUUUCAAACAGUCCAGGCUCUCCGAGGAUGGGCUGCACAGGGAAGGGAAACCCAUCAACCUCUCUCAUCGGGAAGAUCUGGCCUACAUGAACCACAUCAUGGUCUCGGUGUCCCCGCCUGAAGAGCACGCCCUGCCCAUUGGGAGAAUAGCAGACUGUAGACUGCUUUGGGAUUACGUCUAUCAGUUGCUUUCUGACAGCCGGUACGAAAACUUCAUCCGAUGGGAGGACAAAGAAUCCAAAAUAUUCCGGAUAGUGGAUCCCAACGGACUGGCUCGACUGUGGGGAAACCAUAAGAACAGAACAAACAUGACCUAUGAGAAAAUGUCCAGAGCCCUGCGCCACUACUACAAACUAAACAUUAUCAGGAAGGAGCCAGGACAAAGGCUUUUGUUCAGGUUUAUGAAAACCCCAGAUGAAAUCAUGAGUGGCCGAACAGAUCGACUGGAGCACCUUGAGUCCCAGGAGCUGGAUGAACAAAUAUACCAGGAGGAUGAGUGCUGAAGGCAGCCACAUGCCACCUGGGUGGGCUGGGGAGGGAACUCCCGCCCACCAGGAUUGCUGGAGGCUUGAUGAAGUGAGCGGGCUGAGGCCAGCUGGAAAGGAAGAGACCCAGCAAUGGCAGGAACACUUCUCUUGCAGACCAAGAGGGACCCCAGAGCACCUUAGACAAACCACCCAGCAAAGGCGGGGCUGGAAUUCUGGCGGAGGGCACAAGCCUGGGACUCAAGAGUCACGUUUCCUUCUUUGGAAUCUGUCCACCUGUAAUUCCUCACCCUCGCCCUUCCACCUGUUGUUAGUCUCAUGGUGUUUUUGUUUUUGUUUUUUUAAGAACCUGCAGUUUGACUUUUCAUCGUUCAUAUAAGGGAAGACAUCAGAUGUUGUUUUCCUAUGGAAAUAUAUAUCUAUUAUAUGUAUUUUUUUGCAAAUCUCAACCAAGUACAGCCAGCCCAGCUGGUCAGGAAAGAAUACUUGCAGAAGGGAUCAGGUUCCUCUUUUUCCUGCCACAUGGAUCAGGUUUGUUUCUGUUGCAGUUGGGUCUUGGCUGAAAAAAAGAAAAAGAAAAAAAAAAAAAAAGAUGCUUUUGAAAAAUGAUCACAA